UUUUUUUUCUUAAAUAUUUCUUUUUCCCCCAAAACCAAACCCUAGAAAACAAAUAAAAUUUGACUCAAAUCCAAAAAUUUCGCUCGAUUCCUUCAAAGGAACAAUCCAAUUUGAGAUCGGAAACUUCAUAAGUUGAAGCAUUGCUUCAGUUUUUAGAAAAAAGGUACUUCAGCAUUUAUGGGAUUGGUGGUUUUUGUUAAGGUUAUCGGGUUUGGGCUGAGUUACAAAUCAUGAGGUUUAAAAGGGGAAGCAAAGUUAAGGUAAUUACAAACAUGAAGCAGUCACCUGCAUCACAGCAUCGUGGUGAGAUUCUCUCUGAUAAUGGGCAUAUGUACACUGUAAGGUAUGAUUACUAUCCUGGAAUGGAAAGCAGGGGGAGGAUUGAGAGGGUGUCAAGAAAGACUAUCAGAUCUUGUACACCAUGUGCGGAGGGUUUGGAAAAUCUGGAAAUUGGUCAAGUUGUGGAGGUAUUUGAUGAAUCAUCUUGGAAGACGGCUACAAUUGUGAAGGUUCUGGAUAGAGACUACUAUUUGGUACGCCAGACUGAAUGCCUGAAGGAGCUUUAUGUGCACAGAUCAAACACCAGAGUGGUACAAUGUUGGCAAGAUGAGGAACGAAACUUGAUAAGGAAGGGAUCUGGACUGUGUAGGAUACCUGACCAACUAUCAGCUUUAAAACCUUCUAAAAAGGUGAGCAAGAUCCUGUCUUUUAGUGCAAGGAAUAGAUUUCAUGUCGGGGAUGAUCAUUUAGCUUCUCAGGAGUGUACUGAGUUGCGGAAGUCUCAUAUUAGCUCUUCGUUAUUGCUGAAUAGGGUAUCCCAAGUUGCCUUCUCUAAAAAUGAAACCUUUAGAAACAUUCAGGAUUUAGAGGCAACUGAGAGAGCUUGUAAGCGACAGAGAGUGGUGCCAGCUGCCUUAAAGGGACAGGUCAAUGUUAGUGCCAAGUGCAAAGAGAAUAUAAUGGGUGAGAAGUAUGUGCAUGAUUCAUUAAACGAUGUAUCUGAUGGAUAUUGUGCAUUGGAGCAAACCAAAAGAAGUGGUUCCGUUGGCUAUUUCCUUACCAGAAGAACAGAAUCUAGUGAUUCUCAUAGUGAUGCCUGUUCUGUUGGUAGUUGUAGUAUCAACGAUAAAUUUUCUAACUUAUCCCCAGAAGAAGUGUAUUGUCAAGGAACUGAGCUUCUUUGCAGUGAUGCAGAGUCUUUUCAUGAUUCUGCACAUAAGGAGGAAAGACUUUCUCUUUCUUCACCAGUGAAAAUAGCAGCAAGUAUUCAUAGUUUGGAGUUACAUGCUUAUCGCUGCACUUUGGAGGCAUUGUAUGCGUCCGGUCCCUUAAGUUGGGACCAAGAGGCAUUGUUAACUAAUCUUCGCAUCUCACUCCAUAUUUCAAAUGAUGAACAUUUAGCAGAGCUGAAGACUUUAAUUUCUGCUGGAACUGGUAUUCAUGGUGACAGUUGGAUGUAUUCAUCCUUUGCCUCCAAAAGUCAAAAGAUGAUGCUUGCAUUUGCAGCACCUCUCCUGGCAUUAUAUGGAGGACUCCUACAACAACUGUCCCACAGAUAAGACAAUUCAUGGCUUUUGUUGUUAUUACUAUAAAGCUUCAUGAUUUGUUUUGUCUGGAUAACUUCGACAUUGGCAUGUUUUUUGCUGAAAAGUAAAUCUAUCAAAUGCAACUAUUUGUGUGUAAGGUCUUAUAAUAUGCGGUAUCUACGUUUAUGGUUCCUCUGAUUGCAUAAUGUACGACUUUGAACCAGAAUAUGGUGGAAGACUGACUUCCUGUACAUACAGAAAGAAUUGUAUGAUUUUCUUUUUAUCAAUGGAGUUUUUUCUUGAGCCGAGGGUCUAUCGGAAACAGCCUCUCUAUCUCCGAGGUAGGGGCAAGGUACACUCUACCCUCCCCAAACCCCACUUUGUGGGAUUACACUAAGUAUGUUGUUGUUGUCUUUUUAUCAAUGGAGCAGGAAAAGAUAUUUACAUUUAAUUGGAGAGCUGGAAAGUGGAAACAAGAUAGUUUACAAAAUCUCAAGGUGUUGUAGAUGAAGUGCAAAUCAAAGGCACUAAAUAUGAAAAUAUGUCAUAUUAUUGGGUUGUGUCUCUUAGCAGUUAUACCUGAGUUUUUGGUUGCUAAUUGUACGGUAAAGAUUACUCUAUGAAAGUGUAUGCUUCUUGUGACAGCCCUAAACUGUUAUUAUCAUUUCUUAAUGAUUCAUUGUGCUCUAAACCCACAUCUUUGUAACUAAACGUUGGCUAAUGUAAUAUAACAACUGUAAACUCAAUUGACACUUUGCUGUAGUAUCAUUCUGAGAGUUAUCAACAUUAACUUUGAUUCCUUCCAAAUCUUGAAUUCCCCCAAAGAAGACAUUGUUUCCUUAAUUUCUGCUGUCUUGAGUGCUAGCUUUUUGAUUAACUACAAACCGAGAUUUCAAAUGAUCGAAAUAAGUGUGUUUCUUGUUUGAUCUAUUUUUGUCUGGGAGGGUGCUUCCAUGCAAGAACUUUGGAAUUUUACCGAAAACUAAUGUGAUUUUUGUGCUCUAUUACUCAUCCUUUUUUGGAGCUUCAUUACUCUUUAGUGAGAAUAACAUGUGUAGUUCUGGGAGGUUGAAAGUCAUGCUUGUGGUUUCCAGAAGGACUAAAGAACACAUGGUUUAUCAGUACUAAAAGAUGCUGAUGCAGGUUUGCUGCUUUUGUAAUCCUCUGCAAGAAUUUGUUUGAUCUCUUUAUUAUUUUUAGUUCAUUGGUGCUUUUUGCAAUUAUUAUCAGCUCUUUCCGUAGCAGGUGUAGAGUUCCAAAUAACUUUCAUUUCAGAACUCGAGCUUGGAGGUAAAAGAGAGGAUAUGUAUGUACAUCUGUAAAAUAGAUACAACAAAAAGAUUACUGUAUCCAUGGAAGUUGAAAAAUUCUCAGGCAAAUACUGAAGGGUUCUUGUAACUAACGAAGAAACAAGGAAACAUGUAAAUUGCUUAAUCUCUCUGUUCCAAAUGUGGAUAUAACUGAUCAUUACACACACACACACAUACACAGUGAUCAUUGCUACAAGAAAGUUGCAGAAACUAAGAGCAGUGACCUUUUCUUCACUAUUUUCUGCUUUGUUUUGUUUUUUUGUAAAAGAAAGUGGAUAUUAAUGCCUUAAAUCUGUAUCGGUGAAGAAAAAAUAACUUGCUUCUGAAAAAAAUGAAAAGAGAAAAGUGAGUUUAUUCAUAUCCUCAUAAGAUGAUACAUGAAGGUAGUGCUAAAAACACUACUUCCAAAGAUAAGUACAGGGGAGUUUAUUCCAAAGUUGCAGAACUAGUUGAAUUUGUUUUAGAUCCGCCUCUGUUACUGCUGAUGCACUUUGUUAUCUCUUGAAUGCAUCAUGUUGAGGCAUUCUUGGACUGAU